UUCUUUCAAGAGUUUUGUGAUUGACUGCUACUGCUGACUUUACAAGGAGGCUGCACCAAAUUGGGACUGCUAAUCUGUCUGGACUUCCUGCUUGUCUUACUUCUUGAGUGGUCAUCCACCUGUUCUUCUAAGGAAGGGGUGAAAGCAAACAAGUACUGGCUGUCCGGAUGAAUAGGAAUGGAGAAGAAAACUGAGGAAAUAUUCAUAACCGAAAAGGUGGUGGCAGAAGUUUUCAAUCUGACAUUUGGCUCAAAGUCAAUCGAACAGCUGGCCAAAACGUUUAUGACCGGAUUGGUAUUGAUGCUCAGAGACUGGCCAAGGAAAUCCUUAUUGUUUAUUGGUUGACAGAAAGAUCCAUAAAACAACUCGCAGCACAAUGAAUUUAAAAAAGUACCUCAGGUUUAAUGUAGUUCUUUGUUUAAUGCUAAUAUCCAUGCUGGCAGUUGUUUUCCAUUCCUCAAUUAAAACACAAAGCAAUAAUUUGGACAAAUUCAGCAAAAGUAGUAUUUCUAGGGAAUCCACCUCAGCAUCUUCAGUUAUUAAAUACCCACUUGACUUUGUUUAUCCUUAUAACUAUAAGUUUAUUCUUAAUGAAGCAGACAAGUGCAUAAACAAUGAUGUAUUUCUUGUUCUUCUAAUACCAACACGAGUAAAUGAAUUUGCAAAUAGGGCUGCCAUCCGAAAGACUUGGGGUAAUGAAAGCUUGGUUCCUGGAGUUUCCAUUGUGAGGCUGUUCUUAGUUGGGAUGCCAACACAAUUUACUGAUCUUCUUCAGGAUUCAUUAGAAGAAGAAAGUACGUCAUUCCAUGAUAUCAUUCAACAGAAUUUCAUGGACACCUACGUUAAUCUCACCAUCAAAACAAUGAUGGGCCUACAGUGGGUCAAAACAUUUUGUCCAAAAGUGUCCUAUGUCAUAAAAAUUGACAGUGAUAUGUUUUUAAACACAGAAUACUUAGUUAGAUUUCUGAACCCUGAAAUUCCAAUGAAGGAAAAUUAUUUCACAGGUUAUGUAAUAAGAGGAAAUGCCCCAUUUCGAGAUAGUGCUUGGAGCUAUUAUGUCCCUUAUGAACUCUAUAAACCUGACUAUUACCCUCCAUUUUGUGGUGGACCUGGCUAUGCAUUUUCUGGAGACAUGGCAAAGAAGAUAUAUGAUAUUGCUCAUGUUAUUAAACCAUUUAACAUGGAGGAUGCUUUUGUGGGUGUCUGCCUGGAGAAACUGGGCAUAAAAAUCUCAGAGACUGAAAAACCCCUCUUCAAUGGACACAAAAUAGAAUACAAAAAAUGUCGUUUUCUGGAGUUAAUUACUGUUCACCACUUCAGUCCAGAAGAACUUUUGCAGAUCUGGCCAGACUUUAUGACAGCUAAAGAUACAUGCCAAUCUGCCAAGGAUAACUAGGUAACAUAUCAGAUGUAACAAUUUGAUAGAGAAAGUUUGAGAAGUGACCUAUACCAACUGAUCUUCACUUGGAAUUGAAUAUGACCUGGAAGGCCUGAUAAUGGUGUUAGAACUCUAAUAUGUUUGAUUGUAUUGACCAAGCAUGACAGUUACAGAUUAAAUGUCUUACCAUAGUGUAACCACAACCUAGUGAAGCAGCUUAGAAUGAGCAGUGAUUUUACAGGUGGACAUCAAUAUCAGCCUCAUAAAAGACUGUUAAAAUACUUGAUUAUAAACAUGCAGAUGUACUUAAAUGGGUCACUUUACCAUAAAAUGAUACACUUGCUUGGCUACAAAUAUCUGCAUUACAAGCUGAAGCUAAGUGAAACUUGCAGUAGUGAAUUUUAGUCUUUUGUUAAGUACAAACAUGCAGUUUUAAAAGUACUG